ACAGUUAUGGAGACAAGCUCUGACCUAUUUUUAGAAGGUAUUUCCCCAUUUGGAUGAUUUCAACGUCACAGACUCUUGUUUCACUUUAUCAUAUGGUAACGUUACCCACAUGUGUUAUAAUUUUGUAGACUAACUAAACUCAAGACUCUCUUUUCAUGAAUUUGAACUAGGAUGUGAGCCUUUAAUCCAAAAUGUCUCUAUUUACAGGGUUAUCAUAACCCUGUAAUUGAGACAUUUGCAUAAAUAUCUUAAACAUACUUCAUUGUGCAGUGCUCACAUGUAUUUCCAGUAAUGUAUGAUACUUAAGCUUUACUAAUUUAGGCUCUUCAUAUAUAAAGUAUACAUAUUUUAUUUGAGUAUUUAGAGUAUUUCUUUUAUUUAGUUAGAUGAUAGAAAAUAGCAUGGAUGUAGCAGGCCAGAACAACAUUGAAGUGAACCUCUGUAACAAGGUGGACAUUGCAAAAUCCCUGUCAAGAGUUGUCUCCACUUCAUUUGGACCAUCUUGUUUAAGCACCAUGUUAACUACAUCCACAGGAGCAGUUCUUGUCACUAGUCAAGGCAUAGCCAUUUUGAAGUCUCUACAGAUAGCACAUCCUCUGGCCCGAGUUAUUGUUGAUGCUGUUGUUACUCACCACUCGUCUGUUGGUGACGGCACAAAGAUGCUGCUCCUGCUUCUAGAACACUCCCUGCAGGCUGUCCAGGAGAUCGUCGACAAACAAGCCAGCUGCCAUCUUGGAACCAUGAAUAUUCAGCAGCAGAUGAAUAAUUAUCUUUCUAACAAGAUCGCUCUUGCUCUUGGAAAGUUUUCCAAUACAAUUUUAUCAGAUCUAUUUACUGAAGUACAGCAGAGAGCAGACAUGUUGGAUGCAGAUUGCUGCAGAAAUGUUUUGAGAGAUAGAAUGUUUUCUGUGCUUGUAACAACCAUAUCAUCCCAUUUUUCAUCUGCUAUAUCUCAAUAUUUUGCAACAUUACUCAUGGAUUCUUUAAUUACGAAAACAGAAGUGCAGAAUUUGGAAUCUACUAGACAGACGAUUGGGUUUAUUUUAGAUAACUUUGAAUUCAUGCAUGUAAAAUCACCUGGGCAAAGUUACAAGGAGUCUUCAACACUUAAUGGAUUUCUGCUGCAGAGAAAUUUUUCAUUUCAUUCUGAUAAUCUUUCAAAGAUGGAAAUGAAAUGUAUUUUACUAAAGUGUCCGAUAGAAGGAGUUUUAUCAAAUGAUAAUGCAACCGUUAGACUGAAAUCAGAUGAUACACUUAAAAUUGCUCUUUCUCUUAAACUUAAAAACGCGAAGCUCUUUUUACAGACUUUAAGUUCUCGAGGAGUUACCUUGAUUGUUAGCACUGAAAAGGUACCAGACUACGUCCUUUCGUUAUGUCGGACAUUUGACAUCAGUGUCAUUUGUUGCGUUGAUGAGGAUGAUAUUGAAUUCUUAGAAAAACUAUCUGGUAAGUUUGUGAUCCACAACACUUGGGAUGUUGUUGAUGACAGUGUCGUCAUUAAUCUGUCAGAGUGUCGGAGAGUUUCGGUGGGCAGUCGGGUGUGUGUUCAGCUGGGUAUUGAGAAAGGAUUAUCCAAACAACUGAUUCUGUGUGCUCCAACAGACAGCAUGUGUCACCAGCUUGGAGAUAUUGUUUACAAAGCAUUUAAAUCUCUUUUCAUGUGUUUUCAGAAAAUUCACAUCAGUCAGUCUAGUAAUAAUGUCAUUUAUUUAGCUGAUAAAAAACAAAAAGUUUCUUCAGUUGAUAUUUCAGCUCCAUCUAUGGACAGUUUGACUAAUAAGUCUUCAGACAACAAUAGCUCAUUGGAUGACAGAACCAUGAUGAGCCAUGAAAUUCCAUUGGAUGAUGGAGUUACAUGUGUUAUGAGCUCUGAAAUUUCAUUGGAUGAUGAUACCUUGGACACCUUGAAAUUUAUUACAUUUCCUGGGGGAGGGUAUUUUGAGUAUAUGCUAGCUGAAUUACUUGAUCAGAGGAUGAAAAUAUGUCCUAACCAGGAAAUGGCCUGGUGUUGUCAGAUAUUGACAAAAUCAUUAACAGCUAUUCCAUUUGCUCUUCACAAAAAUCUAUCCCAGAAUGCUGGUGCAAGAUCUUUUCUUGAGAAAGACCUUCAUAUCCGUGCUGCUCUGAAAAACAACUGUCCCACUGGCUUCAACAGUGGAGGUUGUGUUUGUAAUCCAGCCAAAGAAAACAUUUUGGAGCCGCCAUUUGCAAAGAUGGCCGUUGUGACCAGUGUGAUACAGCUCCUCCAGCAGCUAUUGAAGAUUGAUGGAAUUGUCGGAGUCAAAACAGUGAAAACAUAACCAGUAGUUAGGUCACUGGAUUUAAGGCUGGUAGAUACUGGGAUCGUAUCCCAGUACCAGUUUCUUCAUGGAAGCAGUUCUGAGAUCAGUGUGGAGAUGUACAUGUAAGGCCAGUCACUACUUCUUUAUGUACAUGAACUUGUCUCUUAUUAUUAGUCCCCUACCAGUCCAACCGUAGGAGACUGUAGGGUUCAUCUCCAUCCUUCUGUCAUAAUGCCUCGAGAUACUGAGCUGAUGUUUUCUCUAUAGCUUUUCCAUGUACUGUUACAGAUCAAGUUUGACUUUCAAGAUGAUUUACCCAUUUUUGACAUUUUUUUUUUUUUUUACUUGUGUUUUGUUUUGCCUCAAAAUAUUGAUCUGAACUUUUGUUUAAUGCUUUAUCAUGUACUGUUACGGAUCAAGCUUAACUUUUAUGGCGAUUUACCCAUUUUUCACCGAGUUAUGGCCCUUGAAUUUAGGAGAUGCAAACAUUUGUUGUGCCUGGUAGGGGUCAUGUAUUGUUUUAGCAGUACUCUCAGAAUGUUUGUUUUCCAUGAGGGUGGAAUCUAGCUCUGUUUGGAAAGUACUAGCCUGAGGUGUGUAGGUCACAGGAUCAAACCUCAUCGGUGGACCCAUUCUCUGAUUGAGAUGUUUCCAUUCCCAACCAGUGCCCCAUGGUAUAUCAAAGGCCGAGGUGUGUGUUGUCCUGUCUGUGGGAAAGUGCAUAAGAAAAACAUUUGAAAAUCAAGAUAAACAAAAUAUAACGGAUCGUACUACUAAUAAUCUCAUUGAUCUUGGUCCCCACACGUGUUACAACAGGUGUGGUUCAUUGUUUAUUUAGUGUUUGAAGAGGUGUGAUUAUUUCAUAACACUUUGGUGUCCUAAUUACUGGGGAGCUGCCGUCAUUGUUUAAAAGGUGACCACAUGCAGACAGUAGAGGUAAGAUAACGUGCCGUUGUAGACAGAGCUUAUUAAUACAUAAGCCGUUCUCUUGUUUUUGAACUUGCAUCCGAAAUCUGGAACAGACAGAAUCCGGUUAGGCAGAGUUUUAUUCAUAAUAAAUUAACAGUAGCUGGGUGGGACUUUUAAAACACUGCGGAUUUCCACAGAAAACUGGUUUAGACAGAUGCCGAUUUGAACACUGUACUUUACCUGCUGUUGGGGGUUUGGAUUUGGCUGAGUGGUAAAGUUAUCACCUGAGGUGCAGUGAGUUACAGAAUUGAUUGCCUUCUAUGGACAUGGAGUUUUUACCAUUCCAGCUGACACACCAUGGUAUUUAUUGUCCUAUCUAUGGGAAAUUGCAUGUAUACAAGAUCCCUUGCUGCUUUAUCGGUAAGAGUACUGGUAGCCUGUAUGGCUUCUUUAGGUUUCCUCUCUAUCAACCAUUAACAUGUGCUGAGGUGUUCAAUAUUCCAUCAACGGAUGUGCCUCCAUAUUAACGGACUAGCUUUAAAAGAAGAACAAUUGCUGUGCAUGAGCCAUUGUUUUGCAUGCAUUGUGUCUCGUUAUUCAGGUAAGUUGUAUAGGUGCAUACAUAAUAGCAUUUCAAUGUACAUGUAUGUAUUCAAUGCAGCAUUUGGUUUAUUCAAUUUAUACACCAAUAAAAUGGAACAGUUUUUUGUAAUAUGGAAUUGCAUAUUAAGUUUCACACAAAAACAGCAUUAUGAUCGUUUGAUUAAUUUGAUGCAGAGCAUGCAUAAUGGAGCCAGUAAGUUUGAUGCAUAAGCUGGUAUCUCCCGUUAAAUUAAAUGUCUGCGAACUGGGACAGAAUACACCAGUAGCUCAGUAAUGGAACAUAACAUGAGGUCUAGGCUUUCCACGAGUACUCGAGUACUCGAGUACUCGGACUCAUGACUUGAGUAUCCAUGCAAGGAAGAGCACUCUCAUUUAAUUAUGACUUUUUACGUCACUUUAAUUGCCAUAUGCUUGCCGCUGGUUACAUAAUAUGAAAACAAAAGUUGAAUGUGUAGAAUGCAAUACAAUGGCAUGAUUGGGCAUCCAUGUUCAGUGCUGGAAUUAAGAUGAAUAUGUUACUUUAUUCCUCUGUCUCAUGAUCAUCUUGGAUUCUAGUGUAAGUGUCGGGUACUUGGGUUUGGUCGAGUUUAACCCUCGAGUACAAUAUGUUGGACUCGUGGAGGCCCUACUGAGGUCUGAUGCAGGGCUAGCUCUAGCACUCGCCAAAUUCGCCAUCUUGGAUUCUAGUGUAAGUGUCGGGUACUUGGGUCUGGUCGAGUUUAACCCUCCAGUACAAUAUGUUGGACUCGUGGAGGCCCUACUGAGGUCUGAUGCAGGGCUAGCUCUAGCACUCGCCAAAUUCGCCAUCUUGGAUUCUAGUGUAAGUGUCGGGUACUUGGGUCUGGUCGAGUUUAACCCUCCAGUACAAUAUGUUGGACUCGUGGAGGCCCUACUGAGGUCUGAUGCAGGGCUAGCUCUAGCACUCGCCAAAUUCGCCAUCUUGGAUUCUAGUGUAAGUGUCGGGUACUUGGGUCUGGUCGAGUUUAACCCUCCAGUACAAUAUGUUGGACUCGUGGAGGCCCUACUGAGGUCUGAUGCAGGGCUAGCUCUAGCACUCGCCAAAUUCGCCAUCUUGGAUUCUAGUGUAAGUGUCGGGUACUUGGGUCUGGUCGAGUUUAACCCUCCAGUACAAUAUGUUGGACUCGUGGAGGCCCUACUGAGGUCUGAUGCAGGGCUAGCUCUAGCACUCGCCAAAUUCGCCAUCUUGGAUUCUAGUGUAAGUGUCGGGUACUUGGGUCUGGUCGAGUUUAACCCUCCAGUACAAUAUGUUGGACUCGUGGAGGCCCUACUGAGGUCUGAUGCAGGGCUAGCUCUAGCACUCGCCAAAUUCGCCAUCUUGGAUUCUAGUGUAAGUGUCGGGUACUUGGGUCUGGUCGAGUUUAACCCUCCAGUACAAUAUGUUGGACUCGUGGAGGCCCUACUGAGGUCUGAUGCAGGGCUAGCUCUAGCACUCGCCAAAUUCGCCAUCUUGGAUUCUAGUGUAAGUGUCGGGUACUUGGGUCUGGUCGAGUUUAACCCUCCAGUACAAUAUGUUGGACUCGUGGAGGCCCUACUGAGGUCUGAUGCAGGGCUAGCUCUAGCACUCGCCAAAUUCGCCAUCUUGGAUUCUAGUGUAAGUGUCGGGUACUUGGGUCUGGUCGAGUUUAACCCUCCAGUACAAUAUGUUGGACUCGUGGAGGCCCUACUGAGGUCUGAUGCAGGGCUAACUCUAGCACUCGCCAAAUUUGCCAUUUGCAUAU